AUGGGCAGCAAGACCUUGCCAGCACCAGUGCCCAUCCACCCAUCCCUGCAGCUCACCAACUACUCCUUCCUUCAAGCAGUGAAUGGCCUGCCCACAGUGCCCUCGGAUCACCUGCCCAACUUGUAUGGUUUCAGUGCGUUGCACGCUGUGCACCUGCACCAGUGGACUCUAGGCUACCCGGCCAUGCACUUGCCACGCUCCUCUUUCUCCAAGGUGCCCGGAGCGGUCUCCAGCCUGGUGGACGCACGCUUCCAGCUGCCGGCCUUCCCCUGGUUCCCUCAUGUCAUCCAGCCCAAGCCCGAGAUCACCGCUGGAGGCAGCGGCCCAGUGCUGAAGACCAAGCCGCGCUUUGAUUUCGCCAACCUGGCCUUAGCCGCCACACAAGAAGAUCCCUCCAAGCUUGGCCGCGGGGAGGGCCCCGGCUCCCCCGCAGGUGGGCUAGGCGCCCUCCUGGACGUGACCAAGCUGUCUCCAGAAAAGAAGCCCACGAGGGGACGCCUGCCUUCCAAGACCAAAAAAGAGUUCGUCUGCAAGUUCUGUGGCCGCCACUUCACCAAGUCCUACAAUCUACUAAUCCAUGAGCGGACGCACACCGACGAGAGGCCCUACACCUGUGAUAUCUGCCACAAAGCUUUCCGGAGGCAAGACCACCUACGGGACCACAGAUAUAUUCACUCCAAAGAGAAGCCUUUCAAGUGUCAAGAGUGCGGGAAAGGAUUCUGCCAGUCCAGGACUCUCGCUGUCCACAAGACACUACACUCACAGGUGAAGGAGCUCAAAACCUCCAAGAUCAAAUGCUAA